CGUAUUUCAAACGAUCGUCCCGCGCUAUCGCCUCGCGUGUCGACCACCGUAAUACGAUAAUAACAAUAAUAAUAAUAAUAAUAGUAAUAAUAAUAACACAUUCGAAUAUUCGUUUUUGGAUCCAUUUCACCCUUCCCUCCGUCCCAACGCUCUAUCAGGGCCCGGCCGCCGACGCCGGGUGAUUAAUUGCUGCUAUUCGCUAUCGUCUGCACCGACCGACCGACGACGACGUCCGCAGCAGCUCUCGCUAUCAGUUGCGAGUGAUAGAGGACGGUUUUUAUUUUUUUUUUUUUUUUUUUUACAUGUAAUAUUACGUACCACUGCCGUCCGAGUACAGCGUUAACUAUAAUACUACAGUGCAUAUCAAUUAUUAUUAUUAUUAUUAUUAAAAUCACGCACACGUUUAUCGCGGUCGUACGUGUACCGUCGACGCACUAUCAUCUAUAAAACAUUAUUAUUAUUAUUAUUAUUAUAGAAUUUUAUCCGUGUCCGCGUCGAUUGUUUCCGCCGGAGUGGUGAUAACCGAUAAUUGAUCAACAAACUCGGGAGUCCGGUGACGGUAGCGUAGUAACCGUGUGAAAUUAGGUUAUUUCGCGUCGUCGUUUUGCGUCCGCCUCUGCUGUACUCGUACCGACUACGCACCGUCGUCGCGGGUUCCGGUUGUCGUAUUUUUUAACAUUCGGCAGGUGUCCAGCGUUAUUUUUACGACCGUCUGUCUCACGUCGCCCAGUUUGUGCGCGCGAUCGCCAUGGCCAUGGAAGGAGAGGAAUUCAUCUCGGAUCAAGAAAAGGUCAGAAUUGUUUCGGAUUUCAUUUUACAUUCACCUCCAGGCGAAUUUAAUGAAGUAUUCAAUGAUGUUCGAGGCUUAGUCAACAAUGAUGCUCUUCUUAAAGAAGGAACAUGUUGGGCAUUUGCUUUGUACAAUAAAGAACAAACAUUACCUGUUAAGAUAGAAAACAGUGAAUAUCCGGUGCUUAUUACUCAAUUUAACGAUCUAGGAUCUAGUAGAUUUUAUGACCCAAGAUCUAAACAAUCAUUUAAGUUUGAUCAUUUAAGAAAAGAACCAUCAAACUUUGAGAAUUGGGAGCCAGAUUCAGAAACAGAAACUUGGCGUUCAGUAUUUGAAACAGAAUUUACUGCAUAUACAUCAUUACAUUAUAAACAUGGCACAUGCAGUGUAUUUUCUAAACAAGAAGGUUCUUCUACUGUUAUAACAGCUUGCAUUGAGGAUCAUGAAUUCCAAGCAAAAAACUUUUGGAAUGGUCGUUGGCGGUCUCAGUGGACUCUUACUAUUGGACCAACAAAUAUAGAUAUUUUUGGAUUCCUACGAAUUCAUGUUCAUUAUUAUGAAAAUGGUAAUGUUCAACUUGUAGCAUCUAAAGAAAUAAAAGAAUCAAUUGCGUUAACAACUGAAGAGUUAGCUGUAAAAGAAGUUUUAAAAAUAGCAGAAGAUGCUGAGAAUGAGUACCAGAUAGCUAUAACAGAAAAUUAUCAAACUAUGUCAGAAACUACAUUUAAGGCACUCCGUCGUCAAUUGCCAGUCACCAGAACUAAAAUUGAUUGGAAUAAAAUUGUUUCUUACAGUAUUGCUAAAGAGUUUAAAACUCAAUGACCAAUCAAACAAUUAAUAGUCAUUGUUUUAUUUUCAUGAUGCAAAAGACUUAAUUGGUAAGUCCUUACGCUUGCUGAAAUAUUUAAAUAUUAUGAGAAAAAAAUCAUAAUUUGUUUUAUUAAUUAUAUCUUUCCACCAAUGAGUUAAAAAAAAUUGAAUCUUUUAACCAAGGUGUUUGGACAAAAUUGUACAAAACAAAGUGUGAAAUCGCUUGCUUAGUAUUCAAUAUAGUUUUCCUUUAAUUUGUAAAUUUAUUGAGGUUCAAUUUUUAUUUUUGUAUUUUUAAUUUGUAUUUAUUAAUUUUGUU